CUAAGGUUACAAAUCAUGUUGUGAAUCCAUUCUAAUACAAAAGGCUGACACGUGUACCAGUGGAAGGGCGGCUUAAUAACUUGCAUGGGGACGCUUGUCCAAUUAUCCAAAACCAGACAAAGGAGGCGCACGAGGAAAUGUGACAGACAUCAGUCCAAAGAAAAGAACAAAAGAGAAAACACUGUAAGGAAGGAAUGGAGUAAAUGGAAAAUCAGAGCGGGGUCGCUUUUCCUUUUUCACUAUAGCAGGAAGCAAGCUGAAAUCGCCACUCCUACUCAAACAACUGACACAUUGGUAGUAUCUUAUCUUUGGCCCAAACUGCAAACAACGCACACUUAUUGAUUCUGCUGAUUCAGCAAACAAUAACUAGGGGGAAAACACAGGUAGCGCUCUGUUCCCAAGUUCCAAUACCAAGUGACGUACCAUGAAGUUCCAAAGGGCAAAACUUUGAACUGCUAAACUUGAAAAUUAAGGGGAUUAUUUGAGACGAAAAGAACCAGAAAAAAGGGGGGAAAAAGGAAACUGAAAACCUCAUCCUUUUCUCUUCACUGAUAGCAACAAAACAGUCAGAAAGGCACAUAUGGCACCGCCUAAUCCUCGUGGGGUGGGGGUGGUGGAAGAAAUCCAGCCUUCUCUAAAGGGGUUUGGGGUUUUUAGAUUGAAGAAGAGGACAAAACAGCCAAGGUGAUCAUCAACAAUUCCAUACCUGGAUGCACCCCUUAUCUAAAUUAUUUUUCAAAUUUUUUAUGAGGGAAAGAAACUAAUGUUCGAACUCAGGACAUGGUGGAUGUUAUAACCCCAUAUUAUCAUUUGGUUACACUCAUUGGAUUUCUCAGUUAAAAGUUCAGAAUACUUACCACCAAAAUAAGAUGCUGCUUUGUUGACAGUGAUUGCAGCUACGAUUGACCUGGAAUGGAAUAACAGGAGAUUACUGCAGUAAGAACUAAAUCCAAGAUUUGAUUCACACGAAAAAGCAAGGAGUGUCAAGCAAGCAUAUACUACUGAAUAAGGAUAUGUUAUGGCAACUUGACCCACAAAUAAAAAAAAAUAUAUAUAUAUAUAUAUAUAUGCAAGAAAGAAAGGGAAGUCGGCAGUAGGAGUUGGGUAGUGAAGAUGAAGGCAUGGGGAUCUCUCUCACUGUGGUCUCAUGUAAGGUGGGAUAUGGGGAUUCCUACUUCUCAAUAACCACAUCAAUAUGUAAGGGAAUUGGAAUCUAAUCUCCCAACAGCUGGUAAAAAUGAAAAUUCUCUCCACCAAGAUCCACUUGCUAAUGAUACUAUACAAGACAAGAAAAUGACUUUUAUGAAGGGCCAGUCCUUUUGCUCUUACUAUAGGUCUUGUCCUGUUUUACCCCUCUCUUUGCUUAAGCAAGCGAAUAUUUUUCUGCCUACUUGCAUAGGCCACAGCACCUCCCUCCAAGCCUGCUUAUAAGGAGCAGGCUCCCCAGUCUUGUUUCCCAUACCAUCCCUUGACUCGAGUCUUCUCCCCUUUGAACUACCCUCCACUCUGUGAGCUUAACUUCUCACUUUGUUCUUCCUUCCUCUCCGGAAAAUCCUUUUCUCUCUGCACAUUCCCCCUCUUUUCACAACCAAACUCUUGGCUUUUUGCCAGUUUUCUUUUUCCCCAAAGCCAUCCCCUUCACACACCCUUAAACUAAGUUUAAUGGCAUCGAGUUACCUUCCUUGUCAAGGUUCUGGCUCUUCCUGGACGCUCAAGCAAAACAAGCUGUUUGAGAGGGCACUGGCUGUGUAUGACAGGGACACCCCUGACCGCUGGCAAAACGUGGCGCGGGCUGUGGGUGGUAAAUCCGCUGAAGAGGUAAAGAGGCACUAUGAUUGUUUGGUGGCGGAUCUCAUGUACAUAGAAUCGGGUCAAGCUCCUCUUCCCAAUUACAGGAACCCUGUGAACAAUGGUGGCAGAGGCUAUCCGGACGAACAGAGGCUUUUGAAGAAUCUGAAGCUCCAAUGAGGAACAAGUUUCAGAUACUUUGCAAGGAGAUAUUGUAAAGAUUUCAGUAAGGCAGCAGAUAUCUGCACAAGUAGCUAGCUAAAAAAUGAAGCGAGAAAAGAUUCCCCCUGGCUUCUGUUUCUUCUUCUUCUUCUUCGACCUGCCUUCCUCAACCCCUUCUGUGUUCCUAAGUUACUAAUAAAGAGCCUAAAAGACA